CUUGGUAUAAUUACCUGAGUCGAACCUCUUGGCGAUCAAUACAGAAACCACAGCCCUCUUGAUUGAAAUUAGCUUGCCAGGCGACACUUCAUUUUGUAGUGACUCUUUGGUAUUUGAAUCAAAAUGGUUAGCAGCUGCACACAAGGAAGGAUGGCGACGGUGUUGAGCAUAGAUGGAGGUGGCAUUAGGGGUAUUAUUCCUGGAACCCUUCUCGCCUUUCUUGAAUCCAAUCUUCAGGAACUGGAUGGUGCCAAUGCAAGAAUUGCAGAUUAUUUUGACAUAAUUGCAGGAACAAGCACAGGUGGGCUGGUGACCAGCAUGCUUACAGCUCCCAACAAGGACAAUCGCCCGAUCUAUGCUGCAAAAGACAUCAAUAACUUCUACUUAGAGCACUGCCCCAAAAUCUUUCCUCAGAACAGCGCGAAACCAAACACAAGUGUGUCCGGUGCAACAGGGCCAAAGUACGAUGGAAAGUAUCUAAGGUCAUUGACAGAUGAGUUACUGGGUGACCUUACCCUCAAGCAGACCUUAACAAAUGUUGUCAUACCAACUUUCGACAUCAAGCUCCUUCAGCCAAUAAUCUUCUCAACCAAGGAUGCAAGGACAAACGUAGCCAAAAAUGCCCGAUUAUCAGAUGUCUGCAUUGGUACUUCUGCUGCUCCCACCUAUCUCCCAGCACAUUACUUCGAGACCAGGGAUUCCAGUGGAAAGACUCGCAGUUUUAAUCUCAUUGAUGGUGGGGUUGCAGCUAAUAAUCCUACACUGAUGGCCAUUAGCCAAGUUACCAAAGAGAUCAUCUUAAUGCACAACUCUCAGUCUGAGGAGAUAAACCCAAUGGACCCCAAGAGGAUGCUGGUCUUAUCAUUGGGCACCGGAGCACCCAAGCUGGAAGAGAAGUAUAAUGCAGACACAGCUUCUAGCUGGGGUCCACUUGAAUGGCUACUUGACAAUGGCGCCACACCAUUGUUAGAUAUUUAUGGCCAUGCAAGCUCUGAUAUGGUUGAUAUUCAUGUUUCCACGCUGUUCCAAUCCCGGCGCUGCCAGAAAAACUACCUUCGUAUUCAGGAUGAUACGUUGACCGGUGACGCGUCACCUGUGGAUAUUGCGACCGUUGAGAAUCUGGAAAGGCUAGAGCAGAUUGGAAAGGAGCUACUAGAGAAACCGGUGUCAAGGGUGAAUUUGGAGACGGGCAAGUAUGAGGAACUUGUGGGAGAGGGCACCAAUAGAGGAGCUCUUGCCCAAUUCGCCAUGCUGCUCUCUCAUCAGAGGAAGCUUCGGCAAGCCAUGUGAAACUUUCAAAAGUGUUCCUAGAAGGGCUUUAGUAUUGAUCUCUCAAAAUGUUUGUUCCAAUAUUAAUUCUUUGGAAAAAUACUGGAAGAAUGAAAAAGGCAGAACUUGUAGUUAAUUUUUAAAUUUAGUGUGAUGGAUAGGGCUCUUUCCUUUUUGUCCAUUGCACGCCAUAGCUGGAUGCUUUGGAAUGGCAGUGGGAUGGGCAUAGAAUGAAGCUUUAUUAAUCAAUCAAGCCUACCCCCAAGUUGAUUGGGCAAUUUUU